AUGUCGGCUCCUUUCAUUGCCUUUUGUACUAUUGAACAAUUAUCACACAUUUCAGAGAAAACGAUUGCAAAACAACGAUAUUUAAACAAAAAGAAAGAUUGUAGAAAGAAACGUAAAAUUGCCGCAAUCGCAAGUGCACCCAAGAAAGCUGUACCUGCAUUGAAUAAAGAUGCGGAAUCAUCAUUCUCUGAAAGCUCAAGUGAUGACUCCGACGAUUCCGAUGACGACGAAGAGGAGGAGAGCGUAGAAGAGGAAGGAGAGAAAGAUGUAGAAAUGCACGAAGAAAAGACUGAUGAGCCAGUGAUCGAAGUCUCUGAAGAAGCUUCUGAACCUUCUUUUCUCACCCGCUUUCCCGCUCCUUCUACGAUCACACAAGCCUCUAGACGCGAUCUCGCCGCACAAGGUCUUCCCGAAGGACUGGCAAGACCUGAAGUGGUUCCUGUUUCUCGUAACGAUCGUCUUGCAUUGAGCUGCAUAAGCGCAAACACAGAAGCACGAUUGAAAUCUCUCGGAGUUACAGAAUGGUUUGCUGUUCAAACAGCCAUAAUACCCAAGCUUCUUGAACAUCCAUCUGCUUAUGAUCUAUACCCCACCCCACCUCCAGCAGAUGUUUGCGUUUCAGCUCCAACGGGAAGUGGAAAGACACUGUCGUACGUUGUGCCGAUUGUUGAAGUGCUACAACGACGGAUCACGAGACGGCUACGUGCUUUGAUCAUUCUUCCUACUCGUGAUUUAGUCAUGCAAGUUCGUGAGACCUUGGAAGCUGUCAGUAAAGGAAGCGGGUUAACGAUUGCAAGCCUAACAGGCCAACAAAGUUUCACACAUGAACAAUCCACCCUGCCGAUCGAGAGCAAAGUAGAUAUCGUGAUCGCAACACCCGGCAGGUUGAUCGAUCAUAUGGAUCAGACGCCAGGAUUCACUCUACAGCAUUUACGCUUUCUCGUGAUUGAUGAAGCAGAUCGCUUACUCAGUCAAAGCUUUCAAGAAUGGCUACCGCGAAUACUGAAUGCAAUCGAUCCAAUCCAAUCUGUGCAGGAAAAGAACAAAAAUGAUCAGCUAAACGCAGGUUUUGCUGCACCUUCGGCCAUGCAUCCCGCUUGGCUGCAAGCAUCACGAUUACAGUCAGAACGAACGGGAAUGUUGCCGGGCAUCUCAAGCAUCUUGCCCGUUCGGCCAACAAAUACAGUUCAAAAGCUACUCUUCUCUGCUACACUCACGCGAGAUCCGGCAAAGAUCGUUGCGCUAGAUUUACGAAAUGCUUCAUUCGUUAGUGUAGAAGAUGCGGAGAAUGACCAGAAAGAUGGUGAUGCCGAACAGCCGAAAGAUUGGCAAGAUUCGUUUGCUCUUCCAUCUACCUUGAAGGAACACAUGAUGGUGAUGCCAACGUCGGAAAAGCCGUUGCACCUUUUGCACUUGUUGUACACAUCCGAAGAUCCUUUGCGUCAAGUGUUGUGCUUCACCAAAUCGGUUGAAAGUGCUAAGAGACUGGUAAAGCUCUUGGAAUUCGUUGAAGAAGCAAGAAAGAAGCGAGGAAAGUUUUCGUUAACGGUACGUGAAUAUUCUGGUGAUUUACGAGGUGGACAACGUGCAAAACUUCUUGAAGAGUUCAAACAAAGAUCGGUUGAUGUUUUGAUCUGUUCAGAUGUGAUUUCACGUGGAAUUGAUUUACCAGAUGUUCGAAAUGUGAUCUCAUACGAUGUUCCGAUCGAUAUGGCAAAAUACGUUCAUCGUGUCGGACGUACUGCUCGUGCGGGUCGUCAAGGUGAUUCGUACACUUUGGUUGAAGAUCAAGAAGCACGUCAUUUCAAAUCUAUGAUGAGAAGAGCGGGAAGAUGGGAAAAGAUCGAAAAGGUCCGGAUGCCGAAAACAACCCUUCCAGAUCACUUAUUCGUUCAACUCGUUCAAGAUUAUCAGUCUGCUUUGCAGAAAUUGGAAGCGCAAUAUUCACACAAACGGACAGAACAAUGA